AUGGAAAAGAAAGAGAAGUGCGGUUUGACUUACACCCAAUGCAAUUUGUGUUUUUGGGGUCUGAUCGUAGAUACAAUAGAUACUGGCUUUUCUUGGGCCCUUGUAAUGCAUAUGACCCAGGACAUAGAAGGGUUUAUAUCGAAUCUUCAGAAGAUGGUCACUGGGAGGUGGUCGGCCAAAGGAGGCCAGAUCACCAGUGGUGAUAUGGUUAGACCGGAUAAUUAUAAGAUCACGAUUGCCAGUGUCCUUGCAGCUUGUGCUCAUCUUGGUGCAUUUGAUCAUGGGAUAUGGGUGCAUGGGUACCUGAGAAGAAGUUGCUUGGCGAGUGAUGUGGUCAUUGUGCGGAUGUGUGGACAAAGCGUAUAA